AAAUUAUUUAACGACGCUGAUUUUGAUCAAGAUAGUUCUGCAGUUCAGGAUAUUUAUAAAAUUGCAAACGUCAUUAGGACCACUGGAGAAGGCGUUGGAUCUGAUGAAUAUGUGAAGUUGAAUUUAUCUCUGAGGGACGUUAUGAGUGAUUAUUCUAUUGAAAACGUGAGAUUUUGGGGAAAGAUAUUUGGUCUUAAAAGUAAUUACUACAUUUUUGAAUGUGAACCUCACGAUCUCGAUGCAUUUUCUGAUAUCGAAUUGCCUGGUACAGUUGAUGAUACUGAAGAAGUACACACGGAGGUUGUCCAUGAAGAUGCUAGAGGCCUUGAGCACGUCCUUACGCCAUGCGGUUCCAUCUUGCUCAAACAGAUACACAACUUCUUUACCGGUAACCUUGAAGCGGCAGUUACAAGCUACCCCCAGUUCCCGGGAACGGAGGCCAAUUACUUGCGCGCUCAAAUCGCUCGCAUAAGCGCGGGUACUCAGCUCGCCCCAGAAGGAUACUACCGACAUCGAGUGGAAGAGGAGGACGAUGCGAAAGGACUUACAGAGUGUGAGGAAAACGAGGACUACACGGAAAAGCCCGUCAGCGAAAUGACUCCGGAGAACUGGGUACACAAGACAGCGUACAUCCUACCACAGGGUCGUGUUACAUGGUAA